AUGCCGUACACUCCCCCCACCUCGCAGUCUCCUGCGCUCACCCGAUCCUCAUCCUACUGCGACGAUGCCGCCGCCCCACGCUCACCCACCCUGGUCCGGCCGGGGGCCCCGCCUCGUUCCAACUCUUCGACGGCGUACAUGAGCAAGCAUCGCCGCUCGCCGUCAAUCAAAUCCGACGGCGCACCGCCGACCCCAACCGAGGUGCCGGAGUCCGGCGUGCAUACCACCGACUUUGCCCCGAGCGAGAGCCUGCAUGACUCCUCCACCGGCCUUCACAUGAUCUCACAGCGUGGUAUGCCCUCGCCUCCGGAGUCAUCCGACAGCUCCGACGGCGACGAACACGCCGUCCGUGGCAGAGAGCUGGCUAACAGCUGGGACGAGCUGCAAAAAGCCGUGCAAGGCAUAAGCCAAAGACGAGAGAGCUCACCGGAGAAGCCGGGAGCUGCUGUGAGGGGAAAGCCGGCCGCGCCUGCAGCUACAUCAGCGUCUGCACCCACAUCGGAAACCGCCUCGCCUACCGCGCUGUCGGCAGAGGCACGGAAGAUUUCCCACUCUCGAUCGUCGACCGAAGUCUACAUCCCACCCCGGGCCACCUUUGAGUCGCCCAAUCACACCUCUGAUGACAGUGAUGAAGACAACUCCAACAACUCCCUCAGACCCGCACUGGUGCGCAAGAAAUCCGGCGAACUGGUGAAGCCUGCCCUUCGACCGUCAUCGCGGCGUCGAUACUCGAGCAUGCCGGGCACGCCAACGUACUCCAAGACGGUGCACUUCAACGACAGCGACAACCAGACUCGACAUUUCCUGCAAGUAGACAAGCCCAUCGCCGUCAGCGCAGGGACGUCACCUGUCGAACAGUUCGAGGGCGAGACCGACUUUCCCUUCGAAGGAGAGCGCGAGAUCAAGCUGUCCAACUUCCCCGUCGACACCGUCACUCGGCAAGCAAGCCCGAUCCGGGUGGAACGGAUAUUCUUGUCAUCCGACAAGCAAACCCUCAUUGGCGUGUGCAUGGCGCAGAACAUUGCCUUUCACAAGGCCGUGGUGGCCCGCUUUACCCUCGAUUACUGGAAGACGACGUCGGAGGUUGCUGCCGAGUACAACAACGACCCCAAGAACGCGCCGGGCAAUGGGUGUGAUCGCUUCAACUUCCACAUCAAGUUGUCGGAUCAAGCCAACAUCGAAGACAAGACCUUGCUGCUGUGCGUACGAUACAACGUAGGCGGCCAAGAAUUCUGGGACAACAAUAACAACGCCAACUACCAAAUCGACUUUACCCGAGCCGUGCGCCAGCCAUCCAAGUCGACGAUGACGAGCGGUCUGGGCGCGCGCCCUCUCAAUGCCAUCCCGCGCAGUCGACACUCUCCGCCGGCUAGCGCUCGUGGACGGCAAGAAUCGCUCGACGAUGACUUUGCCGUCCGACCAGACCGCGAAUCGGCAUACUCGCGGAGCUCGGCACAAAGCCUGCUGGGCGACACGCCGAACGCGAUCAAGCUGAAAGCACGCAAACGGGGAAGCCUCUUCCCAUCUGCUACCGAUCCCGCCCCGGGCAAUGGACUGGGCGGCCGGUACGAUUUUGGCGCAUCCCUCUCUGCAGCGCUUUCACAAGCACAAGAGAAGAUCAGUCGGCAGACCGCACACGCCAAGGCGGAGCAUGUCCACUUGGGCCCCGUGGAGCGCAAGGAGCGUCCCACGAAGGCCGAGGAGCGACCGGACGCCAUCACUACCGACCGACCGGCGAUGGGCUCCGACCAAUACAAGGACCUCGUCCAAAAGUUCUGCUACUUCACGCCUGGCACUGGAAAGCAAGCCUCGUCCCCUCCACACGCCGAGGCAGAGGUCAAGUCGGCACCAUUGGAGAAUGCGGGCGGCGUCGGCACCGACGGAACCAACGAGGCCGGCGAGUACGAGCCAUCUUCCACCACGGACUCUGGGACAUCUUCGCCCGCUUAUGCAAGCGAUGGCAAGCCAGCAUCGCCCGUGCGGAGCUCGUCUUUUGCAUCUCGAUCUGCGUCCCCAGGCGCGGUGACUGGAGGAGGGCUGGGUGGUCGUGCGGCGUCGCCGAUCAGCUUUGGGUAUCCCUACCACCACAGCGCUCGUGAUGGCUACCUUUCCGACUCUCCGGCGCCUACGGCGAUCCAAGGCUAG